AGUUUAUUUUUAGUUGUUUUACCAUCUAACUACUAAUGUUAUAACUGCCAAAAUUGUGAGGCACUAUGUGCGAUGACGAUGAAACCACUGCCCUUGUAUGUGACAAUGGUUCUGGGCUUUGCAAAGCUGGGUUUGCAGGAGACGAUGCCCCAAGAGCUGUAUUUCCAUCCAUCGUUGGACGUCCUCGACAUCAGGGUGUUAUGGUUGGAAUGGGUCAAAAAGACAGCUAUGUAGGGGAUGAAGCACAAAGUAAAAGAGGGAUCCUGACACUGAAGUAUCCCAUUGAGCAUGGAAUCAUCACUAACUGGGAUGACAUGGAAAAGAUUUGGCAUCAUUCUUUCUACAACGAACUCCGGGUUGCGCCGGAGGAGCACCCCGUCCUGCUGACCGAGGCCCCCUUGAAUCCCAAGGCCAACCGUGAAAAAAUGACUCAGAUUAUGUUUGAGACGUUCAACGUGCCAGCCAUGUAUGUAGCAAUUCAGGCAGUGCUGUCUCUGUAUGCAUCUGGAAGAACGACCGGAAUAGUUUUGGAUUCUGGGGAUGGUGUCACACACAAUGUGCCUAUCUAUGAGGGCUAUGCCUUGCCUCAUGCCAUCAUGAGGCUCGAUCUGGCAGGCAGAGACCUGACUGACUAUCUCAUGAAAAUUCUUACGGAGAGAGGCUACUCUUUUGUCACCACUGCGGAACGGGAGAUUGUGAGAGAUGUCAAGGAGAAGCUCUGUUAUGUGGCUUUGGAUUUUGAAAAUGAAAUGGCAACUGCUGCUUCCUCCUCCUCUCUUGAAAAGAGCUAUGAGCUUCCUGACGGACAAGUCAUCACCAUUGGGAAUGAACGGUUCCGAUGCCCAGAAACUCUCUUCCAGCCAUCCUUCAUAGGGAUGGAAUCUGCAGGUAUCCACGAAACCACUUACAACAGUAUUAUGAAAUGCGAUAUCGACAUCCGUAAGGAUCUCUACGCUAAUAACGUCCUCUCUGGAGGAACCACAAUGUAUCCUGGGAUUGGCGAUCGUAUGCAGAAAGAGAUUACAGCUUUGGCUCCAAGUACGAUGAAGAUUAAGAUGAUUGCACCACCAGAACGUAAAUAUUCUGUCUGGAUUGGGGGUUCGAUAUUGGCAUCUCUGUCCACUUUUCAGCAAAUGUGGAUCAGUAAAGAUGAAUAUGAGGAAGCUGGCCCUUCUAUUGUCCAUCGCAAGUGCUUUUGAAUACUUCCAUCAUGUACUGUCAGUGUUAAGUAGUGCUGAUUCUCUACACAUCACCUGCCCUCGUUCACCUCUGAGGGUGGCUUGGCUUUCUUCCACAUGUUUAAAAAAAACCACGCUGUAUGGAUGUCAUACGAAUUAGCAAAUUGCUUCUAAGUUUUGAUGCUAAAAUGAGACUAAUGUUUCAGUGAUGGGUGUUUUCCAAGAUUAAUAACAGUAGUUAUACUAGACACUUUUAUAGACCUCCCUCCCCCCCCAUUUGUAAGUGGUGUACUGCUGUCCGGGAGGUGACACACAAUGCUGCUGUGUCUCUGCUAAUCGAUGGUAAGUCUGGAGCGUGCACGUAAGUGAUUCUUUCAAACGCAAACGUAAUGCAAGGUUUAGGUACCAGAGAAGGCUUAUUUUACGCAGUUAACUGGUACACGGGCUUCUUCUAAGGGGGUUUAUUUUACUGAAGAUACAGCGGAUUUAUGUGGGUACUGAUGUGCACAUGGGUACCAAAAAUUUCCGUAGAGCUUGUAUGGAUGCUUUCCUUGGUAUCCUGCAGUUGUUUGGCAGGAGACUUUUGUCUCCCUGUGACCACCGCUCCCCAUCAGUAAAGAGCUUCCACAAGCCACAGUACUUCUGAACUUACUUGUAACAGGUUAAUUUAUUGGAUGUAUUAUUGCUUUCUUCAUCUCUCUUCCUAAGCAGUUAACUGAUGUUUCAUUUACUUUUGCUAUAUGUGUGCUAUGCUAAGCUAAUGAUUACAGAGUAAAUAAUAACCUUUUGAAUAUGUUUUUGAAAUACUCUGGGUUUAAUGGAUCAAUAAAAGUGUAA